GUCUGGGCACCCCCCCACCCCCGGGGAAGGACCCUACCCAGAGCGGCAGAGCGGAAGGCCAGGGGAACUGGCGCUUGGAGGGAAGGCCAUGCCCGGUCUGAAGGUGCUCCCACUUCUGCUCUUAUUCCACCUGCAGCUCUUCAAGGCCUUUCCAGUAUCUUCUCAACCCAAAGGAGAAAAAUAUAUAGAAGUUGUUCAGAAUUACCUGGAGAAGUUCUACCAGUUACCCAAGGACAUCUAUCAGUCUGAAAGAAAGAACAGUGCCAGUGUGAUUGUUGAAAAGCUGAAGGAAAUGCAGCAAUUCUUCGGGUUGACCGUGACGGGGAAGCCCAAUGCGGAAACUCUGGAGAUGAUGCAAAAGCCUCGCUGUGGCGUGCCCGACACUGGUGAAUUUAUGUUGACCCCAGGAUACCCCAAGUGGAAACACACUAACCUGACCUACAGGAUUAUUAACUACACCCCACAAUUGUCAGAGGAUGAUGUGGAAGCAGCUAUUAAGAAAGCCUUUCAAGUCUGGAGUGACGUAUCACCCCUGAGCUUCACCAAGGCCUCACAGGGAGAAGCAGACAUCAACAUUGCCUUUGUCCAAAGAGCUCAUGGUGACAACUCUCCGUUUGAUGGGCCCAAUGGAAUCCUUGCCCAUGCCUUCCAGCCAGGCCAAGGUAUUGGAGGAGAUGCUCAUUUUGAUGCAGAAGAAACAUGGACCAAAACCUCUGAAAAUUACAACUUGUUUCUUGUUGCUGCCCAUGAAUUUGGCCAUUCCUUGGGGCUCUCUCACUCUACUGACCCCGGUGCCCUGAUGUAUCCCAACUAUGCCUUCAGCGAAACCAGCACCUACUUGCUCCCUCAAGAUGACAUCAAUGGCAUUCAGGCCAUCUAUGGACCUUCAGACAACCCUAUCCAACCAACGGGACCAACCACACCCAUCGCCUGUGACCCCCGCCUGACAUUUGAUGCUAUCACCACACUCCGUGGAGAAAUACUGUUCUUUAAAGACAAGUAUAAGUGGAGAUCAAGCCCACAAACUAGACCCAAUGAACUUCACUUUAUCACCUUUAUUUUUUAAAGACUCUUUGUCCCAUUUUCAUUUCUAUGUUAAACGUAUGCAAUGAAUAACAAGUGAUACACAUUAUUUUGUAGGAAAGGAAGCAUUUUAUCUCACAUAUAAACUGAAUCAUUUGCAGGCAAGCAGUACUGGGCUCUAAAUGGCUAUGACAUUCAGCAAGGUUAUCCCAAGGAUAUAUCAAAUUACGGGUUCCCAAGCAAUGUUCAAGCAAUUGAUGCAGCCGUUUCCUACAGGACAAAAACAUACUUCUUUGUGAAUAACCAGUUCUGGAGAUAUGAUAACGAAAGACAAUCCAUGGAACCAGGUUACCCCAAAAGCAUAGCAAGUAGCUUUCAAGGAAUAGACAGUAGAGUUGAUGCAGUUUUCCAGGAGAAUGAUUUCUUCCUUUUCUUCAGUGGACCAAGAUAUUAUGCAUUUAAUCUUAAUGUUCGUAGAGUCACUGGGGUUGACAGAAGCAUUCGAUGGCUCAAUUGUAGAUAGAGUUGAAGCAAAAUCAAAUGUGUUUGUAUCCAUUUUCUGAAUAUGAAAGGGAAGUCUAAUUUGCAUAUCCAUGGUGUGUCCUAUUAUACUUUUCUCAAUAGUAAAUAAUGCUGUUUGGUAUCACUCUAUUCCUUGGACUUGUCUUCUGUGAAAAUAUGUUUAUGUAUUCUGCUGUUUGCAGAGUCUGAUUUAGUUCUUUCAUAUUCCAUCUCAGGUUAGUGAACCCAUCUCGAGAGAAAGGGGUUAAGACCUCUUUGUCACCCAGAAGAUAAGCAACUAUUUCAUUACUUGCUUAUCUGACUUGUAAAUGCAUAUAUAUAUAUACCUAAAUCUCUUUAAACAUGUCUUAUGUGUACUGCUACAUGCAAUUUAGCACUGGGUUUUGGCUAGGCAGAACCCCUUGCUUCUAUUGAAAAUGUGGUGCUAUUUUCCACUCUUGGAAAUAAAUAUUGUUGGUACAUGUGGGUUGAAUUAUGCCCCCCCCCCCAAAAAAAAAUACAUGUUUAAGUCCAAACCCUAGGUUAUCUAUGAAUGUACCUUGUUUGGAAUUAGCCUUUGCAAAUGUAAUGACUUAAGAUGAGUUUAUACUGGACUAGGUGUCCUUAUGAGAAGAGGAGAGAGAUAAAUACACAGAGGAGAAGGCCGUGUGAAGAUAGAGAUGAGAUUGGAGCAAUGCAUGUACAUGCAAGGACCCGCCAGAAUCCACCAGAAGCUAGAAAGAGGCAAGGAAGGAUCCUCCUUAGAGAUUUCGGAGAGAACAUGACCCCACCCCCAACACCUUGAUUUUAGACCUCUAGCCUCUAGAACGCUGAUAGAAUACACUUCUAUUGUUUUAAGCUACCAAGUCUUGGUACUUUGUUAUGGUAGCCCUAGGAAGCUUAUACAGUAUACCUGCACUUCAGGAAAUGAAUCAGCAGAUAAUGACAAAGUUGAACCCUCAGAAAGGAUUAUUGGCAUCUUCGGGGGGAGGGGUGGCAGCAAAAGGUUCCACUUCAUCUCCUGCUUCCUCCCACUCUCUCCUUCUACAGUCCAAGCAAAUGGGCUCAUUGAAACUGUAGCUCUUUAUUUCUUUUUUCCGGGUAUACUCAGGAGGACACCCUCUACAGAUAAUUGGGGUUUACUGUACAAACAAUGCUGAGCACAAAAUUCAAUAAAUCUCAUUAAAUUGA